AGCAUAUACGUACGACAUGCGACAGCUGAUCCGAACCGACAGCUACCAGCCAUUGCUUUGGAUUUGUCAUGUAUAUUUUGUCUAUUGUUAACUUAAUUUAACAGCAUUCUUUUCACAACUCCGAGUGAUUAUAAGAUUUGUUUUACAACGUAUCAACAUGGGCAACUGUUGUGCGUUCUGUUACAAAGAAUCAUCGUCAUAUGAAGAUCUCACGCCUGACCGAGAGACUAUACGUAGGAAACAAGCGGAAGCUGCUGAGAAAAGAAUUGCUGAGCAACAGCAAAGGGGUAUAAAAGAUAUAGAGUCUGUUAAAAGACAACAACGACGAGCAUUGGAACUUGAGAAACGGGAACAAGAAGCUGCUGCCAGCAAUACGCAACCUGCAUUAAAGUGGCAGGUAAAUUAAUAUAAAAAGAAGAUGAUGCAUAUUACUAUAAUAGAAGUGGGCUGUAUAUUAAUUUUCACAAGAUAUUAAGGUAUUAAGGUAUUAGGUAUUCCAUAUAAUACUUGGUCGAUCAAAAUGAGGUAGACCUGUUGUCAGUAAUGAUAUUAAUAUAAUCACACAAGUGCAAUCUUAUUUUGUACCAUUGAUAUAGAAUUAAGUUAUGAGAAUAGAUUAGAUUUUGGAUAUAUUAAUUUAACUAAAGAAUUUAACUAUGUGUGCAAUUAAAUAUACAUACCAAAAAUAUUAUAGUUUUACAUUAUAUUCAAGGCUUAAUUGCUUUUGCUUGAGAGAAUAUGUUAA